UCUCUGGCUUGUUUCCUGAAAACAUUUGCUCGAUGUGUAACGGGCUCUAAUCGAGGAUUGUGAUGUGUGUUCUAGGGAACGAUGAAGACGCUCCUGCCUCUGGUGAUCCUCCAGCUGCUGCUGGCUCCAGCACUCAUGUUGCCCAACGUGGACCGCUGGGACGCGUGGGGUCCUUAUGGCGAGUGCAGCCGCAGCUGUGGCAGCGGUGUGACCAUGAGAACCAGACGCUGCAUCACCCACAGGGCUGAUGGAGGACACAACUGUGUUGGACCAGACAAGUCUUACCGCUCCUGCAACAUCCAGGAUUGUCCCGAGGGAUCCAGAGAUUUCCGUGAAGAGCAGUGCUCCCAGUUUGACGGCACCGACUUUCAGGGGAAACGUUACAAGUGGCUCCCGUAUUACGGAGCUGAGAACCCCUGUGAGCUGAACUGCAUGCCGAGAGGAGAAAACUUUUUCUAUCGUCACCGCAGCGCUGUGGUCGAUGGGACGCCAUGUCACCCCGGUCGUAAGGAUGUUUGUGUGGAUGGAGUCUGCAAGCGUCUGGGCUGUGACAACAUGUUGGAGUCUCCUCAGCAGGAGGACCCCUGCCUGCAGUGUGGGGGCAACGGGCAGUCCUGCCGCCGCGUCCAGAACAGGUUCACUGUGAGCAACCUGCCAACCGGCUACAACCAGAUGUUCAUCAUCCCUGUUGGAGCCACUACCAUCAGCAUCAGAGAGACAGUGGCCACACGCAACUACAUCGCCAUCAAGAACCUACGGGGGGAGUACUACCUCAAUGGCCACUGGGUAAUUGAGUUCUCCAGGGCGACUCCCAUCGCCGGCACCGUGCUGUACUACCAGAGAGGAGCCGAGGGUGACAACGUCCCCGAGACCAUCAUCGGCCGGGGUCCCACCACUGAACCUCUGGUUGUUGAGCUGAUCAGCCAGGAGCCAAACCAAGGAGUGGAGUAUGAAUUCUAUCUUCCCAACGGGCGCUCCAGAGAGGGAUACUACUGGAGUUUUGGAUCCUGGUCGUCCUGCAGCAAAGAGUGUGGAUUAGGCUACCAGUCUCGUUUGGUCUUCUGCACCAUCGAUAACGAGUCGUACCCCGACUAUCUGUGUGCAUCUCUGCCGAGGCCGCAGACCAACCGUACGUGCAACCCCCACCCGUGCCCGCAGGUCCGCAGCUGGAGAACGGGCGAGUGGAACACCUGCUCGGUCACCUGCGGCGGAGGUUCUCAGGUGCGUCGCGUUGAGUGCGUCUCCCAAGAUGCAUCGGGCCCCCGCGUGGUGGAGGACGCCACUUGUGCCGCCUACGCUGAGGCCCCGCCCACUCUGCAGACCUGCAACAUGCACCAGUGUGCAGAGUAUCGUGCGACCCGUUGGAGCGCGUGCUCAGUGACCUGCGGCUCGGGGCAGCAGACCAGAGAAAUCACCUGCAUCGGUUCAGGAGGGAUGAGGCUGGAGCAAACUUCCUGCAGCACUCUGCUCCGCCCGACUGCCGUCCGGCCGUGUGAGGCGGCGGCCUGCCCGAGACAGAUCAGCUGGCACGUUGGAGAGUGGGGACUGUGCUCAAAGAGCUGCGGCUCCGGCUCCAGAGAUCGUCAGGUGAUCUGCUCCGACCAGGAGAGGAAUCUGUACGCGGUGGACCAGUGUAACGCCAACCUCAAACCGUCCACUGUGGAGCGCUGCAACACGCAGUCCUGCUACAGCCCGCAGGUGGUUCCCAGUGUGCAGGACCCGCGGGGACAUGACAACACUCAGACUGUCUUCAGGCCGUCUGCUCCCGACCACACAACAGCCCACAGGCCCGAGACCGAUCCGACCCAGACCAACACGGUCCACGACCCCCAUGACUCUGCCCCCGCCCUCCACUGCAGCCAGUCCCGUUACGGCUGCUGCCCGGACGGACGCACAUCCGCCGGAGGCCCCCGGGGUCUGGGCUGCCCUCGGGCCCCGACUCCCACUUCCAUCCAGCCGGCCUGCAUCCAGACCAGUUUCGGCUGCUGUCAGGACGGCGUGACGUCUGCUCAGGGCGCCAACAAGGAGGGCUGUGCCGAGUACGUGGACCCCGCACCCACUGUUUCUUCCUCUCUUCCCACUCAGAAUGCAGCGCAGUGCCGCCUCACCACCUACGGGUGCUGCUUCGACCGCACCACGCCUGCAGGAGGACCCAACGGGGAGAGCUGCCCCAACCCGCCAAACCACAUCGAGCGCUCCAUCUGCUCUCUGCCUCGAGCUGCCGGCUCCUGCAGCGCUUGGACCUCGCGCUACCACUUCGACGUCCUCACCUCCAAGUGUGCGCACUUCUGGUUCGGCGGUUGCCACGGCAACAGCAACAACUUCAUGACCCGGGCCGAGUGCCAGAGGGCGUGCCCGGUGCCAAGUCCGGGCCAGCAAAGCCCGGGACAAAUCGCUCCCGCUGUAGAGCAGACUCCCAGGAGAGGAUCCACGGCUGGAAGGACCCCGGCUGCAGCAGGAGGAGGAGCGGGCACCCGAUCCGGAUCUGCCACCCCCUCAGCAGGAGGAGGAUCUAGAGCUGGUGGAUCCACCUCAGGAGGCUCGGCAGGCGGCGCAGGUAGACAGUCUUCAACUGCGGCCGAACACGCCCACAGAGCUCGAGUGUAUCUGCGCCCCCGCAGGCCCUUAACCGCCACUGCAGCGCAGCACACCGGCCCCGCAGCGAGUUUGACCCUCGGAGGCGUGACCAUCGAUAAAUCGGACCCGUCCACGGUGGAAGCGUUGGUGGGUCAGACGGUGGUGCUGCCCUGCAGAGUCAGCCCGCCGCCGUCCUCCACCGUGGUGGUGGAGUGGAGGAGAGACGGCACGCCGCUGUCCACUCACAGACACCAUCAGCAGCCCAACGGUUCCCUCUUAGUCGGUCCUUUAACAAAGACGGACUCUGGUUGGUUCUUGUGUUUGGCGACUCGAGAAGGAGAGAGAGACCACCGCUACAUCUACCUGUCGGUCUCAGAGGGACCAUCUCCCACCUUGUUGCCUGGAGACAGUCCUGUCCCUCGGUUCAGCAUCGAGCGCUCGACCUCGUCUCUGCUGGAGAUGCGAGCGGGACAAACGGCCCGACUGAGCUGCAGGAUCGUUCCUCCGUCAGCUCUUCAGUUCAUCAACAUCGGCUGGACCAAAGACGGACACAGCAUCCGAGACUCCAGGUUUACCCAGCAUUCAGACGGGACGUUGAUGAUCGGCCCUCUGAGGUCCGAUGACUCGGGUGUCUUCACCUGCACGGCGUCCAGCCAGCAGCAGCUGGAGCAGAGACAGCUGCAGCUCAAAGUGCAAGCCGACCUGAAGAUCACCACCGCUCCAAAUAACAUCCAGGUGUCUGAAGGCAGCACGGCUCUGCUGCCCUGCGUGGUGUCAGGAGACAACGUCAACAUCGGCUGGUCCAGAAACGGCGUCCCGGUGCGUCCGGACGGUCGUAAAAUCCUGACGUCGUCUGACGGCAGCCUGAUCCUGAACAACGUGAAGCCUUCAGACGAGGGGACGUACACGUGUAACGCUUACACCGGCAUCUACUCUGUGAGCGCCACGGCCGAAGUCAGAGUCACUAAAGACACACAAGACGGUGAUGUUCCUCCAGAGUGCGUCGACCAGCCCGAGCUCGCCAACUGUGAGCUGAUCGUUUACGCCCGACUCUGCUCCAACUCGUACUACUCCAGUUUCUGCUGCGCCAGCUGCACCCGGCACUCACAGAGGAACAAAAGGUUCGGCCGACUCGGAUAAAGCUGACAACGUUGUUGUUGUUGUUGUUGUU